UAUUACUGUAUCGGCGACGAGCUCACAUAACGUGUAGUGAUAUAAGGAAGACGUCGCAGCAAGCCCGCAAUCGGUGUCAGCUCACGCUGGCCACCCAAUACUUCCCAAGACGCACUGCUACACAGAAGUCAGGCUGAAGCUUACAUGCGAUUGCGACCGCGGGGUCCGAGCGCGGCCUCCCAAACGCCGCGCCUGACGGCACCCUUCGCUGCUGCCGCUAUCGCCACGUCUAGGGGCAGCGUGUCACGCAGUGCUCCGCUCCUGUGUUGCAACGGCAUGAACCGGCCAACAGAACUGGCAGCGACGGCAACUGCUGCCGAGGUUGCACCAUCCUCGCAUGCAACUACAGCCGGGGGCGCCGAGCCGGGCGCUGCUACUGCCGCACCACCAGCAGCCAACGCUGCCGCUGCGGCAGCGCCCCAACCAUCCUCCUCCAGCUCCAAGUGGCACGCCUACUACGCCUCAGACCCCACCUCUGCGCCCUGGGACACCCACGCCGCCUCGUCACAGCUGCGAAGCUACCUGUGCGGCUGCUGCAGCGGGGCGCCUGCGGGCGCGUCAUCCUCACCAGCGCCAGGCGUAGCAGGACCAGCCCCGGCAACGCAGGCCCUCUCGGACGCGCUCCUGCACGUGUGCGACAGGUGCGCCGGCACCAAACCGCCGGCACUGGUGGCAUGGCUGGCGGUUGCGGCUGCAGCGCAGGGUAGUGGAGGUCCGGCGGGCGCUUUGGACGGGAUUGCGGGCCAGGCGCCGCCACUGCAGGCGAUGCAGCCGCAGCAGCGGCAGCCGCAGCCGCCGCAACCGCCGCGGGUGCUGGAGCUGUGCUGCGGCACGGGCGGCUCCUUGGCGUACAUGCGGAGUCUGGGGUUCCACGUGGUGGGUGUGGAGCUGGUGCAGGCGGCGUGCGGGGUGGCGGCGGAGCGGCUGGCGGCGGCCUCGGCACCCACCAGCGACACCGCAAUGGCCGCCUCCGGGCCUGGAGGAAGUGGCAGCGGCAGUGGAAGGAGUAGCAGCGGUCUGGUAGUGGUUGAGGCAGUUCACGUCGCCGACCGGGGCGCUGCAGAGGGGUGUGCGGUGGGCGGCUGCGGCAGCCCCGGCAACAACGUGGUGGAGGUGCCAGCGGCGGAGGCGCCAGCAUCGACAUCGGCGGCACGGCUGCUGCACGGCGACCUGUUUGCUGCUGCGGCAUCGGGACAGAUAGUGCCGCAGUCAUUUGACUUCAUGUAUGAUUGCCAGGGGCUGCACGCCAUGCCAGCCGAGCUGCGGCCGGCGUAUGCGGGCGUCAUGGCGAGGGCGCUGAGGCCCGGCGGCAUAGCCCUGGUGCUGGUGGGGCGGCGUGAGGAGGACGACGAGGUGAUGGCGGUGGGUGCCGCGACCGCGGGCGUGACGGCUGUAGCGGCGGCGGCGAACGGAAGCGAGCCAACGCAGGGGGCUGCUAGCGCCAAACCCGCAUCCCGACCGGGCCCAUCUCUGAUGAGCUUGUCGGAGCUUCGGCAGCUGUUCCCCGCAGACCAUGGCUGCGGACAGGAGGCGGGCGCAGCUGGCGGCAGCAGCAGCAGCCUGGAGGAGGGGCGGUGGCAAUGGCUGGGCUGUAGCGCCACGGGCUUUGACCUGACGAACGCGUACAGGCAGCUUCCUGCGGCUCCGCCCGCCUGGUGUCUGCUGCUGCGGCGGUGCUGAAGGUUGCGCCGUGCUGGGGAGGGGGGGGCGAGGCAUGGGGUGCUUGUAAGUGUGAACGCGUCCAGUGCGGCGUGAUUGGGCGUGACCGCGUGAGCAUAGGCCGCUUGUGACACGGGAGACUUGGUUAAUUCAUGCUGCACCGUGUAUACACUACUGAGAGAGGGAAUCCCUUUGUCACUCAGCUUAUUCUCGACUACUGCGUCAAGGGCGCGUAACGGCACGCGACGUGCCCGCUGCGCGUGUUGUUUCGAGGACCCGAUGUGUUACCAUGAAUCUUUUGAUGGAUCAUCAAGGAAGGUAAUUUUGUUCGAUUUGGCGGUGCGGCGUUGGCUUAGGGACCUGCAGCCGCUGCCUGCGCUGCGUGACCGUCAGAGAACAGUACCGCUACGGUGAUUGCACCACAUGAUGAUCUUGAAGAACACUGUC